AUGAAGAUCGUUGCCACUUUGUGUGGGGCAGCGCUGGCGGCGCUGGUGUCGGCUUCGCCGGAGGCGUUGGAGUCGGCGCUGGUUGGUGACGACCAGUGCAACGGCGGGGAAGAGUCCUGCGUGUUGAAUGCCUUGCAGCUGAAGGGCCAGAAGAGCUCCGCACAGGAGAUGUUGGAAGCAGAAGAUGAGGAGGAACAAGAGGAAGAGGAGGGCAGUGCAUGGUUGAAGGACAUCAGCACCAAGACCAAGAACCACUUCAAGCACAUCCUGUCUCCGCUUCAGAAGCCCAUCGUGGCGAACUACCAGUACCUGACUGAGCUGGAGAAGUUCGUGAACUACACCAUGGAGAAGGUCGAGAAUGCCACCGGCCACCUAGUGGUGUGGAACCGCAAGUCUCUCCUUCAGGAAGAUGAGGAAGAGGAGGUCGAGACCACGUGGGGCCGCCGCCGCCGCAGUGUCAGCGGCAAGGACCUUCCCCCCCGCGCUCGCUACAUCAACAAGAUCCUGAUCUACCUGGACAAGGAGAUGGAGGCUGUGUGGAACUACAACACGAUCAUUGACCGAAAGCGAUGGGGCGUCGGUAACACCAUCACGUCCUCGCCGUACGGUCCUCACGGCGAGCACCCAGAGCGCUGGCGCGCCAACGGUAGCUUCCCCUUCCCGCUCAAGGCUCCCAUGUCGCCUGUGCUGAACGUGAGCAAUUCGCUCGUCAUGCACGUCAAAGCAGAGAAGCGCGAGUAUGACAACAAGUAUGCUCAGCAGCUUGCUGCAGACUACCAAUCGCUUAUUGACAACAUCAACGACGCUAGCAAGAAGGGCAACGACCUGCGCGCCCGCCUGUACAAGAUGGAUGCCUUCGCUGACCAGUUCAUCAAGCUGCCCAGCGGUGUCUGGAACAAGAUCGAUGCCCAGAGAUAG